AGUCAACAGGUUUGGUCCAGUACAUUUAUCUUCAUCACAAUCAUUAAGAAAAUGGAAAUGAGACAGAUCAACAGUCAACGCUCCACCUUCUCCUCUCAACUCUCUUGCUGAGAUCCUGAGACCCGACUUUUCACGCUGAUAUCGCCGCCGGCAGCGCCUGUUGCUGCUACUCAUGGAUGUGGUGGGGGCGGCGUCCUGGCUGGUUCAGGUCGUCCUGGAGAAGCUCGUCGGCGACGGCAUCGACGCCGCCUGGGCCGCGGCGCGCGCCGGGGGGGACCCGGGCCGCGCCCACGGCGGCGACGUCCGCCGCCUCGGCUCCCGCCUCCAGAGCCUCCACGCCCUCCUCUCCGAGGCCCAAGAGCACGCGCCCAUGGCACGCAGGCGCAGCGAGGCCCUCCUUCGCUCUCUCCGUAGCCUGGAGAGCCUCGCCACCGAUGCUGACAACCUGCUCGACGAAAUGCUGUACCACCAAAUCCACCGACGGCUACAUCCGGACGAGCCUAGUACCUCCUCCAACUCUUGCUCCUCAUUGUUUGCAGUCCAACUAGUGGAGCCCAAUAAUCGCGUUGCCAAGAGGGUGCGCCAUAGUGGAGAUGGCGAUACCACCGGUAGAAUUAAAGACAUCCUAGAGCGGAUGUGUGAAGCCGGAGAUGAUGUUCGUGAGGCAAUCAAGAUGGAGAAACUGGACGUCAGUGCCGCUGGGGGAGGCCAAGAUGAUCGUAUAAUUCAACGGAGGCCAACAACAUCUUACUCCACUGAGCCAAAGGUGUUUGGGAGGGACACCGUGAAGGAUCGCAUUGUGGUGAUGUUGAUUAGCUCAGAGACAUGUGGUGCUGAUUUGGCAGUCCUUCCAAUUGUGGGGAAUGGUGGCGUUGGUAAAACUACACUGGCACAGCUAGUCUACAGUGACACAAGAGUGCAAGCUCAAUUCAGCAAGCGAAUAUGGAUUUCAGUGUCUGUUGACUUCGAUGAAGUUAGGCUUACUCGUGAGCUACUCGAUUGUGUGUCCAAUGGUGUCAAUAAGCAUGGUGGUAUCACUAACCUGAAUAAGCUCCAAGAGAUUCUUGAGGAGGAUCUUAAGUCCGAGCGGCUACUCCUUGUUUUGGAUGACAUGUGGGAAGACAAUGAUAAAAGCCGUUGGAACAAGCUAUUAGCACCUCUGAGAUGUAGUUCAUUGAGGGGCAAUGCAAUCUUGGUUACAACAAGAAAUCACUCUGUAGUAAAGAUGAUUGCUACAAUGGAUCCUAUCCAUUUGGAUGGUUUGGAAGAUGGUGACUUUUGGCUUCUGUUCAAGGCAUGUGCAUUUGGUGAUGAAAAAUAUGAAGGGCAUCCAAGUUUGCAGGUUAUUGGGAAGUGCAUAGCUAACAAGUUGAAGGGUUAUCCCUUAGCUGCAAAAAGUGUUGGUGCCCUUUUGAAUAGAGACCUUGAUGGUGGGCAUUGGAUGAGCAUAUUGCAAAGUGACGAAUGGAAACUGCAGAGAGGACCUGAUGAUAUCAUUCCAGCAUUGAUGCUUAGUUACAUACACUUGCCUUUUCAUCUACAAAGGUGUUUUUCUUACUGUGCAUUGUUUCCUAAGGGUCACAGGUUUGAUGGCUUAGAUUUGGUCCGUGUUUGGAUAUCACAAGGUUUUGUUUCUUCGAACAAUAAGAAAAUGGAGGACAUUGGCCAUCAAUAUUUGAAUGAUUUAGUGGAUUGUGGAUUUUUUCAAAGAAGCACAUACUAUUCUAUGCACGACCUGAUUCAUGACCUGGCACAUAUUGUUUCAGCAGAUGAAUGCCAUAUGAUUGAUGGUUUUAAUUCAAGUGGAAUAGCUCAGUCAACCAUUCAACAUUUAUCUAUUAAUACAAGGUAUGCUUAUAAGUGGGAUGUAUAUUCCCAGAAGUUUUAUUCAAAAGAUGACUUCCAGAGGAAGCUUACUUAUGUUGGUGAAACAGUGCAAACCAGGAACUUGAGUACAUUAAUGCUAUUUGGAAAGUAUGACGCAGACUUUUCUGAAACUUUUUCCCAUAUUUUUAAAGAAGUGCAAUAUCUUCGUGUUCUGAGGCUACCCACGCUCACUUAUAGCAUAGACUAUUUACUCUCUAACUUCAGCAAAUUGAUCCAUCUUCGCUACCUUGAGCUAAUAUCCAGUGGUCCUGGUGGACCCUUGCCAGAGGUUAUAUGUCAGCUUUAUCAUCUACAGGUCCUUGAUGUCGAGUACUGGGUACACCUCUCCACUUUACCAAGAGCCAUGAAUGAUCUUGUCAACUUGAGGCAUUUUGUUGCCCGUGGUGAAUUGCACGCACUGAUUGCUGGAGUUGGGAGAUUAAAGUUUCUCCAGGAGUUAAAGGAAUUCCGAGUUGGAAAGACUACUGACUUUCAGAUUGGACAGUUGAAUGGAUUAAGGGAAUUGGGAGGAUCAUUAGCAAUUUACAAUCUAGAGAACAUAUGUAGCAAAGAGGAGUCUAAGAAUGCUGGAUUAAGGGAUAAAAUAUACCUAAAGGAUUUGUUGCUAUCAUGGUGUAGCAACCGAUUUGAGGUAAGUUCUGUUAUCGAGGAAGAGGUGCUUGAGAGCCUUCAACCACACUCUGGGCUUAAGUGUCUAAGUAUAAAUGGCUAUGGAGGUAUUUCUUGCCCAACAUGGUUGAGCUCCAUUAAUCCACUCAUCAGCUUAGAGACUAUCUGUCUAGAUAGUUGCACAAAAUGGGAGGUCCUUCCACCGCUUGGGCAAUUUCCACUCCUUAGAACACUGCAUUUGAUUCAGUUGCCUUCUUCAAGGGUUGUACCAACUGUAUCCAGUGACGACUGGACUGGUUCUGAAAAACAUAUUAUAUUUCCAUGCCUAGAAGAACUUGUGAUAAGGGAUUGCCCUGAACUAAGGACAUUAGGAUUGUCACCAUGCUCUUUUGAAACUGAAGGCUCUCACACAUUUGGCCGUCUCCAUCAUGCUACUAUCUAUAACUGUCCUCAACUAAUGAAUUUACCACAAUUUGGUCAGACAAAAUAUUUGUCCACAAUAUCUAUUGAGGGAGUAGGAUCAUUUCCUUACAUCCGAUUGUUUGUGCGAGCAUUGUAUAUCAAGGGAUGCGCUAGCCCAAGUAAAUUGGAUCAAAUAUUAAUGUUGAUUGAGGGCAACCUAUGUCUUCUUGAGAAAUUAACGAUUGAGAGUUGCCUCGAUCUUACAUAUUUGCCAUGGAAAACACUCAGCAAACUUGUCUCUUUGGAGAUGCUGGUAAUUGUGGACUGCCCAAGGCUUUCUUUGACUUUAUAUCCAUAUAACCAAGAUGGGGGUAAUUUUUCUUUCAUGUCAUUGCUCAACAAGCUUGUAAUCCGAGCAUGUAGCAUUACAGGGAAGCAGUUAUCUCACUUGAUCUUACAGUUGCCCUUCCUUCAUUACUUGACAAUUGGAAAGUGCCCAAAGAUAACAUCCUUGUUGCUUGGUGAUGUGAUUAAUGGGAGUGACAGCUCUUCAACAUCUGAUUACCUCCAAUUGACAACUGAUGGCAUGUUGCAAAUACCAUCUCAUCUCUUAAUUCAACUUCAGUAUUUGAGCAUAGAUGACUUUCCAGAUCUGGUUCUACUCUGGAAAGAAGGCUUCCAUGGAUUCACCUCACUUCGGACCCUACACAUCACAGGAUGCACACAACUUCUCUCCCCCAUGAUAACAGAAAACAAAAGAUCCAACAAAAACUCUUCCCUCCUGCCACCAUUACUACAUGACCUUAUGGUUACUCAUGUGCAUAAUGAGUUGCUACCUUUCUUGCUCUCGAACCUCACCUCGUUAUCCAUAUUUGCAAUAUCUAACAGUCCAGAGUUAACAUCCCUUGUUCUUCAUUCUUGCACAUCUUUAGAAACUUUGAUCAUUGAGAAAUGUGUUGGGCUGUCUGCUCUAGAGGGUUUGCAUUCCCUCCCCAAACUUAAGCAUCUACGGAUUUUUCAAUGCCCUAGUUUGGCUAAAACAUGGGGCCCUUCCUCAGUGGACAGGCCAGGUUUCUCUUUAUAUCUAGACAAGCUUGAAAUUGAUACCACUGUGUUAUUUAACACAGAAGUUUGCAAGAAGCUUCCAUCUCUUCGACAUUUAGUGUUUUUCAUGGCAAAGAAUGUGAGAUCCUUCACAGAAGAAGAAGAAAAAGCACUUUGUCACCUCACAUCUCUCCAUGUACUUGAUUUUUGUUAUUGCCCUAAUCUCCUAUCACUGCCUAAAAUGUUGCAUUGCCUUUCUUCCCUGAAGCAGUUGUCAAUCAAGGCUUGUCCAGGAAUUAAAUCAUUGCCAGAAAAUGGCCUCCCAGCUUCCUUACACGAGCUCUACGUGAGCAGUUGCAGUGCAGAACUAAAGGAGCAGUGCAAGAAGACAAAAAAUGUUAGAUGUGUUUAUGUUGAUAGAAAUGCAAGCAAAUUCAUAGUUAUAUGCAAGCUGCUACGUCUCUAUUUUAGGAAACGGAAGAGAUGAGAAAAAUGAGAACUACUAGUUAUGAAUGAACCUUCAGUUUCUCAAUUUAUAAAAGGCAUGCCUAUGCUUCGCUUAAUUGAUUAUUUUUUGUCACAAGAGGAGGAUAGAAGAUAUUACUGAUGAAGGUUCACAUGCAGAUGAAUUCAAUAAACCUUGUGUGCACUCAACCAUUCUGUUUAAUAUAGUAGUCUCCUCAGAUAUCUGUAACUGGAUGGAGCUUGAAAUGAAGAUGCCAUGACUUCAGCAGAUUAGUUAGGCUGCUUCAUCACCAGCUGGAUCAAUAACUACUGUCUACAUGAAGUCAAGACAACACAAGGUUUUAGCAAGCCGAUGGGGGAUUUAUUUUUGUGUGUUUUGGAGGAUCACCAAGCUGGGAGCAUGGCAGCGAUCACUAUGGCUGCAAUCAAGAACUGGGGGAAGCAAUGAGCUCAUGGUCCUAACCAAGUAAGCAGCUGGCAGCUGCACUGUUUUACUGUGGUAGUAUUGCUCUAUUCUGGUUCUGCAUUACCGAUCUUCAUGGCUGUGAAUAGCUAGGAAUUUUUUAACAGACAAAUCGAUCACCAUUGCCCUUCUCUUUUCCCCUUGAGCAUUUUGGUUAGGUGAUAAUGGGGAAGUCUGCACUCCGAGAGUGGGACUGGGAGCCCAUGCCCUUUCUGCAGAACUUAUUUGUCUCUGCACAUAAUAAUAUAUCGUUUAAUUUCUUCAGAGUCCUAUUUACUAUCGCCACUACAGUUGUUUUCAGAACUGGACUAGUCAUCUCUGAACUCUGAUAGCAUGCAUAGGAAUGCUGGACAGUGCUAUAUAUCUCCUUUGAUUCUUGAAUUAGUGAUCUUUUUUUCCUUCAAAUUGACUGAUGAGUUACUUAUUUCAAUCCUGUUCGACAUCCUACCUUUCCACUUUC